AUGUCCACUUCUGUUGUAGAGCUCAACACCUUAGCUUCCGCAAUGCCUGAACUACCACCGGAGAUAUGGGGUCGUAUCAUUCCUUUCCUCAAGCGACCUAUGGGCUCGACCGGUACACUCAGAAAUGCGAAUAACUAUCAUCAACACGAUCUCGCUACAGCCAUGAGAGUGAACAAGACGUUCUACCGAUACACAGCACCAAUAUUAUACUCUCGAGUCAUCGUUUCCAACUUCCCUCUCUUCCUCUACGGUAUACCUACCCUCCAUCCCGGUGAUCCUCCAGAAACGUUUGACACAGCCAAAAAGCGUUUAUUUAAAUAUAUCAAACGACUGGAUAUCGCUUAUUCCUCCCUUCAACCCAACGUAUCGGUCGGUCAACCCUUACCCGCUCAAUUACUUCUUCACCUUGACCUACCUACAUCGGUCAUACCACCGUUGACUACAGAUAUCAACCAGACAUACGAAGUAUCCAAAGACCUCUUGAUGGGAUGGGCAAAAUCAUCUGAUGCUCCAUUGCUCUUCCCCAAUUUACAAGUAGUCGCUACUGGAAGUUUCGGAGAGAGAUUGUGGGAUAGUUAUAAUCCGAACUUCACCAAACUAGACUACACAGACAUAUCUCAGAUCGCAUCAUUGGAAGAUGUUCAAGAAUCUGCUAAAAUAUUACAUCAUCUGUUCAAGCAGAAUCUGUUUGGUAGAUUCUUUACCGGGUGCUCGAGGCCUAAACAGAUUAUAAAUUACGUAUCGUCAGGACCUAUGACACCGGUGUACAAUCGACAUUUCCCAAACGAUCAUAUGUUGAUGGCUUGUUAUACCCUCUCUCCCAGCUAUACCGAUUCCUUGCCUGAAAGUUAUACGACCUACUUGUUAGAACAGAUACACAGAGGAGUAUGGUUGAAUGUAGCUGAAGGAGCUCAAAAUAGAUGGGUCGUAGAUCCAAUAUUUAAAGAAUGCAGCCCCUCGACUCAAGCAUUGGUCUAUACCUAUAUAAGAGGUCAAAUCAUGACCCGAAGACAAUUGUCGAAAGUGUUGAAUAUGGAUCGAAAUACCAAGAUCAAGAUUCACAACGUGAUCGAACCGAAGAUGAUACAUAGUGUUUUGCCAGCUUUGGUAGGAGAUCAUACUAAUUAUGGAGAAGAGUAUACCGAUGAAAUGGGAUUGACGAUUAUCAAGACCUAUUUGGGUAUUGGGAUCGAUGAGGAAGUGGAUAAGGAUACUUUCGCACAAGUCGAAUUGGUAGCGGAUGAAGAGCAUGAGGAUGGAGAUGGUCUAGGUGGGGAGAAUACGUUUCUGUAA